ACUAGAUAUAUCUAUACGUGUAAGGUUUUCUUUCAAGAGAUUUGGAGAAAUUACAUUCAAACGUUUUGUUAAACGAAGUAAGGCGAUCAAGGUGUUGAACAAUUGAGGAUUGUAUAAAACUCUUAAUGGUUCAUUAAUGUUAAGUUCGAAUGUAAUAUAUUGUUAUAAUUUUAAAAAUGUUAUGCAUAUCCGGCGGUUGACAUAAUCACAUUUUUGUAUUAGACACAAAACAUAUUUCAGAAUUAAGAUAUGUCAGAUAAUUUCUAAAUUUCCUGUAUAUAAAACAAUGACACAAUGAUUUAAAACAUAGCUAAUGAGGGUUGACAUUUCUUUGUAUUUAUGAAUAGGUACUAAAUAAUUCUAACUGUAGACACAUCAUAAACAAUACUAUUGUCAUAUUUCACAAUGGUUUAUACACGUAUAUACCCACAAAAUACCCUUUGAAAUCUUUGGUCGGUGCUCGAAACACCUGGACUUUAAAGUCUGUCUGUACAAGCACUACACGAUGAGGAUUGUACAUGAAUGAUAGUAACGUCAGUUAUAGGCUCUAACAGAACAUUUCGUGGAAUAACAAGAUGUUAAAGUGAUGUAAUCAUUGUGAUUUGUUAAGCGGGUUGUGAGGUAAGCAGUCAUGUCUAUCGAGCGACAGAGGCUUCACAUCACCCAGCUAUGGAGCUAAAGCCAAAAGAUUGGAAGUACAUCUCAAGGUGAACUCUAUUACUGCCGAAAGCUGUUAACAUGGAUGAUAUUAAGUAUUAUUCAUAUCAAUGUCAAAAUUGAUUUUGUGAGGCCAGCUGCAUUGAACGGUAGUAAACAUGAGUCUUUCACGAAGGACAGCUACCAGUGAGCUGUUCAGGGCUGCGAUGCAAGGAAACAUAGACUUGUUCGACGCGGCUAUUAAAUCCGGGGAGAAUAUAGCGAGCACAAACUACCACGGCCAGUCCGUGGUCCACGUUGUAAGUGUGAAUUGCCACUUUUCCUUACUAGAGCACCUUGUCGCGCGGUACCCUCAAGUGCUUCAUCUUGGUAGGCGAUUGGACAAUGGUGGCUAUAACGCUGCUCACCGUUGCUGCAGAACUCUCCAUACAGAAGGACGUCUAAGGAUGCUCGACUUGCUGCUUCGAACUACUGGCAUUGAUGUGGAAGAUUAUUGUCAACGUACCACAUUGCUUGACCUAGCCAGGCAGUACUACUACACUGAUGUGGAGGAAUACUUACUAUGGCGUAGAUCCCAUACGCAAGGUUUGCCUGAGAAUAUACGCCGUAUGACUAAUGAUGGGGUGAUGAAAUUUCUGAAACAACAGCUACUAUCACCGCCACAACCGCAGAAAACCUCAACCAGAACAAAGACCGUUCCUGCAGAAAAGUUUGAGGAUUUACCGUCUGCAAAGAUUAAUUCCUAUCUGGAGAUGUUCAUUGGUCAGAAAGAAAAGUAUCGGCACAUCAGAGUAAUGUUUGUCGGAAAAGAGGGAGUAGGAAAAACUACCCUUUGUUUACGUCUACAAGGGAAACCAGUGGAUAUCGCAAUAAGGGAACCCACUGAAGGGGCUUCCCUUUAUCUUCAGGUUUUUGAAAUUGAUCUUGACACGUACACUUGGUCACGAAUUGAUGACGCUAGCUCCGAUGGCAUCAUGGCUGACCGCAUGGGGCGCCUAAUGAGGGACGCGAAAAAACGACGUUCCUUGGCAUUACCGAGCGAACUGAAAUUGUCACUUGUACCUUUAAAUGAAUCAGAAAUAGAAGAGACUCCUGGCGACGCGAACGUUCCUAUGUCAGCAGGAAUUCCAGGCAGAGAGCCAGCGUUAGGAGGGAUACUAUUCACAGGUGCCAGUAAGCCACACAUGACGUCUCUACCUGAUGUCCGCAAGUUAGAAGAGAGACAAUUACGAUUUGUCGACGUCGUUCGGCAAACAUCUGAACUGCAAAAGGGAGACAAUGUUGCGUUUCUGUCUAUGUGGGACAUGGGAGGACAGACAUCUUUCCAGGCCAACCACGGGGUGUUUAUGAGCUCUCACUGUGUCUUUAUCCUCGCCUUUGAUACACUGGAGUAUCUGACUGAACGUGACGAAAGUGGGCGCAUCACAGAAUGGAUACGGACCAUUGGUACAUACCGUAGUUCUUACGAUAAAUCCCAGCCAAGCCACAAGCCUCCUAUCAUAAUUGUCGGCACAAAAAUGGACCUCGUCAACAAGCACAUACCGGCGAAAAACAAUCGCAAAAAACAGCUGGAAGCUAUAAAGGAAGAACUUUGCCAAACAAAAGAAGUGGAAGCAAGUGUGGACAGCGACGGUUCUGCAGAUUUUGUCCGUUUUUGUACAGUCGACAAUACGAACGAAAACGCAUCUUCUUAUGAUGAUAUCCGGAACCUGAUUCUGGAAGCUGCCAAACAUCAAGACCAAUGGGAGAGGGAACUCCCUGUGAAUUGGCUAGUGCUAGAACGGGAUCUGCUCAAACAGCGAACUCUAGGAAGAAAGAUACUGACGCUGGAUGAGAUUUAUGAAAUAGAUGCCAAGUGUGAAUUUCCUAUUAAGAACAAAGAAGACAUCAUGCUGUUCCUAGAAUACCUUCACCGAAAUCGGACAAUCGUCUUCUUCCGAGGUCACAACCAGGCAGUGAUUGACCCGCAAUGGCUGGCCGAUGCUUUCCGGCGGCUCAUCACAGACAAAUUGUUCAUUGAAAGGGACUUAACGCUGCGAAGACACUUGGUGAACUUCCAGUCGUUCGCCAAGCUGACGCUUUCACUAAUCGAGGAGCUCUUGGCAAGUGACGAGUCAAAGGGAUUCCGUGAACACAUGCCAAUCCUCUUGGUAUUCAUGGAGAAAUUCGGUCUCCUUGUCCGACCAAUCGACGGAUUCGACUGCCGCGGAAAGGUCAUAUUUGCAAAUCACUAUUUUGUACCCAGCAAGCUUAAAGAUCCAUCAAACACAGCCCAGAUUGAUGAGGAGUUGCGAAAUGCAAGAUUUGUAACCAAAACCCUUUGCAUCAUGUUCAAUGAGGUUUUCAUCCCCCGAGAUCUCUUUGAUAGAAUUCUAGCAGGAUGUCUGCAGAAGUACGCGCUGACACGAAACUCGACAGGUUCCGCUGAAUCCAGUACCUUGCUUCAAGGAUUCGGCUGCUUCCAGAUAGAGGGCGUAUGGAAUCUCAUAGUCUCCCUACAGUGGAAUAGGUCGGCCAUUACACUGACUUUGUACAGCAUGACAGAGAGAAGCAUUUACUUGAAUACUGGUCGUCGACUGCUUAAGGAGAUCAAAAUAAUAAUUGACACUGUACUUAAGACAAACUGCCAUGAACACAUGACAUACCGGGAUCAUCUUCACUGUAGCUACAGACUCGGUCCCCGAGACGACCCUUUACCGGUGGACGAGGUGAUUAUGACUAGAUCACACCACCUAUGCAGGGGAGAGACGUGUCGACAAAAACAUCAACUGGGAAGGCGCCAUCUGUCUGUGUGGAUCACAGAUACAAGGCAUGCUCAACCACGGGAGAACUACAUACCUGGACAAGGGACAGUGCCCUCUAUUCCACCAGCAGGGACUCGACAGAAGGCUUGGAACCGAAUUCGAAAUUGGAGAAAAUUCUUUCGCAACCUACUUCGUACCAGGUCAAAAAAAUACGUUCCAACGGAGCAUUCUGAAGAUCCUGACCAUUUCGGAAUACCACACCGUAUGCCGACAGCUCGUGAAUUCGGUAGGUUAUCGGAGCACGUAGGCAGCUGGUAUACCCUGAUGUUUGCAGAACUCGGAAUGGAAAGCCAUGCGAUAGAGCAGAUCCAGUCGGAGUGUUCACAGCUCUCUUUCCGUUCACAAAUCACAAAGAUGUUUCUGCGUUGGUCGACACAGUUCCGUGAGCAAACAUACGCACAUAUAGCCUCCGCUGUGUCCAAGUUUGGCGUGGACCAAGACCACAUUCUCAAGACCAUAGAGAGGAGAUCGGACAUUCAUCGCACAGUGAAAGGUGUCGAAUUGCAAGAAAAGACAUUAAACAGGAAACCAACUGAUGACGAGAUCCGAAUCAUCUCAGAAAAUGUGAACAAGUCGUAUUUCAACUUAUGUCUUGAACUUGGGCUCAAAGUCCCCGAAAUUGACCAGGUUGACGUGGAAUACGACAAGGUGAAGGACAAAAUGGCGAAGCUGUUGAAGCGCUGGGUAAGAGGUUGUAAAGAACCACCUGCGACGAUCCGAAGGAUACUGCUAGCCAUGGAGAGGUGUAAUAUGGACGUGGCUACGAUCGGCAAGAUGGGUCUGUCUUAGAGAUGAGAAAAUGUGUUUUACUACUGUAGAAUGUGAUUAUUCUAUAUUUUCCAAUUCGUACAUGUAAGGAAUGGCUCGAGGCAAGGGCGUGACAUUACGUGGCAUUGGGUACUUGCUUCACGGUUUCUGUGAAUGUAUAGAUAGGCAACAAACAGUGUAAGUCAGAACUGCACAAAAUAAGCUUAACUAUUAUAUUACAAAACUGUAUAUAAGAAUACACUCAAUCUUUUGAGUUUAUGUCUGUUUUUAUUAAAAUCAAACUUAAGUUAUUUCACAACAAUUUCGAAACACCUUCUUUCAAAUUAAAUUAAUCGCUCUCGUUGCCUCGGAUUGUACCACGCAGGGGUCUCAAUGUGGGAGAAACUGGAGUGUCAAAAGAAAACCCGCAUGGCCUUUUCAACGUCGGUUUGGGAAUCGAACCCAGGCCGUCUUGGUGAAAGGCGAAUGCGCUAUCCAAUGCACAACCCGACCAUCCAUUAGAGUUGAUCUUCAAAUUAUUAUCUUAUGGCAUACAUAUUUCAAAGACUGUACGUAAGAUUAUAUAGCACAACAAAUGAAUAUCUUAACCUGUUAAUCGCAUAAAAUUAUGAAUUUUGCUUCAUCGUGUAGCUAGAUGAGACAUCAUGAAAAAUACAAAUAUAAAGAGUAUACUUAUUUCUGAAUAAAAAGUAAACAAGUUAUUGACAAAAAGAAAAGGUGAACGAGAUUUAAAGCAAUACUUUUGAGUAGUGUAAGUAAUGGUCAUUUUGACAAAUAAAACGUUAUUUCAAAACGUUUGAAGGCAUAUUUAUAACUAUUUGAUUGUGGACACAAUUUUUAUUACUCGUUUAUCGAUGAUAUUGUCAUGCAGAAAUAUUAAAUUGAGUGCGGUGAAACAGGUUUAGGCAUUAUUUCACAAAUAUUUAGGUGCCAUGUUUCACAUUUAAGGUGUUAUGUAACAUCAUUUUGAUGAAGCGUUUUUGUGUGAAAAAUUACAUGCAUAUAAGUAUUUAUGAAUAUUUAGAACUGGGAUUUCGAAACAUUUUGCUGAGGUAGCCGAUUCUAAUCAAUGAACUUAAUUUAAACAUAAAUAAAGUUUAUUCCGCAUAUGGGAUGAAUUACUUACUGUUGCGCCCCUAUUUUUUAUGUUUUUAUUUUAACCAGACUUUGUUGAAGACAUUUGUUUGUUGCUAAAUGUUGCUAUUGAUUUUCGUCGUUCGUACACACAAUAGUCUAGAAGUUGGAAAAAUAGAAAGAUAAAUCACUGUUGUCUUCCUCUAUAAACUGGACCCUUCAAUGGAAGUCGCAAGAGAAACGCUUUCAGAGCUAAAGGUAUCCAUGAUAUUCAGGAAGGAUUUAGGGAAGUGUGAAAAAAGAAUUGUCAAGGAAAAUAUGAAAAAUUCUUGUCUCAUUCCGAUGGAGGAUUGAGUCUGGUGAAAAAUACAAGGAUUUCAAUGUGUAACCAUCCCUCCCAAAUUUUAGAGGUGGCAACCCUGAUUCUGGAGAAGACUGAUGUAAGCUUUCUUUCGAUUUGCCAGAAAUAUAUACUGUAUAUGUUAGCCAUUUCCUGACAUCAUUUAUUUAAUAAGUGUCUGGUAUUGCUUUGUAUACAUGAUAAAAUUUACUUUAUUUCUCAGCAGGAACAUUCUAUAAAACUCAUGUCACUGUUACAUGUUAAGUCCGUUCGUGUGUUAUAAUAUGAUUAAAUUAUGUAA